AUGCUGGCCAAAGCUCCUGCUCCAGCAGUAAACCACCACCUGAGGCCAAAACGCCUUGAACCAGAAUGGACGGUGGCACUGGCACCUUACAACUGCAGGUGUCUCCAUCUUCGUCAGAUGAGAAAAUGGGGGAUAAGUUGUAGUUUCAGUCAGAGCCCCACCGAUAACCCUGCACCUGCUUAUGACCUCAUGGACGAUUUCGUUGUUUUGGGACCAGCCAACAAUGACCCUCUCAACAGAAACACCACCCAUAGAGACAAUGACCGUCAACCAGCACGUACUAGGAAACUUGCUGCAAGUUUUGGGAGAUUGAAAGUACAUAGAGUGAAAUCCGUAGUCGAGAAAAAUUCUAGGAUGAAGCAAGAAGUAGAUGAAGGUGAUGAUGAACUAAAUGUACAAGAUGCACCACCAUUUAUCAAUUCACAAUCUACACUUGAAGUUAGGGGGAACAAGAAGAAUGCAAAUGCCCCCAGUCAUGGAGGAAGAGCUUCAAGUGCUUCUCGCUCAGAAGAAUUUAGAAACAUGAGGCGGAAGAAGGGGACAGCAGACGGCAUUGACCACUCUGGUGUAAAUGUGAAAGAUGCUUUUGAGCCGCUCACUGACAAUCAGACUAAACAGCAUAAGCCUCAUAGGUCUGACACCAUGGUAUCCAGACAAAAGGCUUCCGUUUCAAGAGGUUCUUCUGCUAAAGGAUGGGGUAAUGGAGGAGGGUCCAUGUAUGACUUGUCUGAGUUGCCAGACCUAAAGCAGCGAAGAAAAUUUUCCACUGACAGUGAUUUUUUCAGUCGAAAAUCCUUUAGGGAUUUGGGAUGCAGUGACUAUAUGAUUGAAUGUCUAAGGAGGCAGCUUUUCCAGCGCCCGUCACAUAUUCAGGCCAUGGCAUUUGCUCCAGUUGUUGAGGGAAAAACCUCUAUUAUAGCUGACCAAAGUGGAUCUGGCAAGACAUUAGCCUAUCUUGCUCCAGUAAUUCAGCGUUUAAGGGAAGAAGAACUUCAAGGACUGAGCAAGCCCCUGUCACAGAGUCCUCGAGUUGUUGUACUGGUACCGACUGCUGAGUUGGCUUCUCAGGUUUUGGGUAUUUGCCGUUCAAUGUCAAAAUUUGGGGUUCCAGUCAGGUCUAUGGUUGUAACAGGUGGUCAUCGACAGAAAACUCAGUUGGAAAAUUUACAACAAGAUGUUGAUAUUCUAAUCGCAACACCUGGUCGAUUUAUGUAUCUAAUUAAAGAGGGCUUCUUGCAAUUAUCAAAUCUAAGAUGUGCUGUGCUGGAUGAGGUAGAUAUACUCUUUAAUGAUGAGGAUUUUGAAGCAGCACUGGAAAGUUUGAUCAAUUCUUCACCUGUUACCACACAAUAUCUUUUUGUGACUGCAACUUUACCUCUUGGCAUUUACAACAAAUUAGUGGAAUCUUUUCCUGAUUGUAAAGUGGUCAUGGCACCUGGAAUGCACCGUGUAAGCCCUGGCCUUGAAGAGGUUCUUGUAGAUUGCAGCGGAGAUGAUGGAAGUGAAAGAUCUCCAGAGAUGGCAUUCUCAAAUAAGAAAUCUGCUCUUCUGCAACUUGUGGAGGGAAGUCCAGUUGCAAAAUCAAUAAUUUUCUGUAACAAGAUUGAGACAUGCAGAAAAGUUGAGAAUGUCUUAACACGUUUUGACAGAAGUGGAACUCGUGUUCAAGUUCUACCAUUCCACUCUGCUCUGGCUCAAGAAUCUAGGCUUGCAAAUAUGAAGCAAUUCACCAAUUCUCACUCAAAGGAAGUCUCACAGUUUUUGGUUUGCACUGAUAGAGCAUCUCGUGGAAUCGACUUUUCCGGCGUGGAUCAUGUAAUACUCUUUGACUUCCCUCGUGAUCCAAGUGAGUAUGUUCGACGUGUUGGAAGAACUGCCAGAGGUGCUGGAGGAAUAGGUAAGGCAUUCAUCUUUGUGGUGGGCAAGCAAGUCUCCCUUGCACGAAAGAUAACGGAAAGAAACCGAAAAGGUCACCCCGUGCAUGAUGUACCAGCUGCGUAUGAGCUUUUGUAUUAA